CAGUCGUCUGAUUCUUCCUCUCCUCUGUGUCUUCCUCAGUUCUGUGCCAAUGACCCAGAAGUGUUUGUCCAAGCAGCACUGUUGGCUCAGGAUUAUUGUGAUGCCAUCGACCUGAAUUUGGGUUGCCCUCAGAUGAUUGCAAAGAGAGGUCACUAUGGAGCCUUUCUGCAGGAGGAGUGGGAUCUUCUUCAGAGAAUGAUUUUGCUAGCUAACGAGAAGCUCUCUGUUCCCAUCACGUGCAAAAUCCGUGUUUUCCCAGAGAUUGACAAGACAGUGAAGUAUGCACAGAUGCUGGAGAAAGCUGGCUGCCAGCUGUUGACUGUCCAUGGCCGUACUAAAGAACAAAAGGGACCACUUGCUGGUGUAGCAUCUUGGGAGCAUAUUCAAGCUGUGCGAAAAGCUGUGAGCAUUCCUGUGUUUGCAAAUGGAAACAUCCAGUGUCUCAGUGAUGUGGAAGAAUGUAUCCGAAAGACAGGAGUACACGGUGUCAUGAGUGCAGAGGGCAAUCUUCAUAACCCAGCUUUGUUUGAGGGCCGAAACCCUUUGGUGUGGGAGAUGGCUGAGGAGUAUCUGGAGAUCGUGCAGAAGUACCCUUGUCCAUUGUCCUACGUCAGGGCUCAUCUUUUCAAGCUCUGGCAUCACACGCUUCAAGUUUACCAGCAACUGCGUGAAGAAUUAGCCAAAGUGAAGACUCUAGAGGGCAUUGCAGAUGUGAACAGAGAGCUGAAGCUACGAUGUCAGGAGGAAAUAGCUAAUCAGAAAGGAGGAGAAAAGCCAAAAGAAGGCUUGCCUUUCUUCCACUGGAUUUGUCAGCCAUACAUCAGGCCGGGGCCAAAAGAAAGAUGCAAAGAGAAUGGAAUCAGUGGCCCUGAGAAGGGUGUGCGAGGAAAACGUGCUCUGGAGGAUGAGGAAGAUAGAAAUUCUGAGCUUCUUUCAAAGAAUAAGCAAAAAAAGAAAUUAAGAAAUCCAAAUAAAAGUUUUGAUCCAUCUUUAAAACCCAAAUAUGCAAAAUGUGAUCAGUGUGGAAACCCUAAGGGCAGUAAAUGCGUGUUUAAUAUGUGCCGAGGAUGCUGUAAGAAAAGAGCAUUCAAAGAGACAGCAGACUGUCCAGGUCAUGGACUACUUUUUAAGACCAAGUAUGAAAAAUCCCUUUUGUGGCAGAGUAGUCAAAGGGAGAUUCAAAACCCAGAGAUUAGCUGGAGAGGCAAGGUGGACGUGGAAGAGACGACCCUUAAUGAAGGAGGCUGUUGACAGCGCAGUGUGAAGCUUGGAAAUUAAUUGUAUAGAAUCUCCUGCCAGGCCUCUGCAUCCCUGGGCCAAAGAACCUGCCAUCUCCAGAGUAUCAUCAGCUGUGUGACCUUGUUCCACAGGUUUAUUCUGGGUUCUGGACAAGUUUUAUUUAAGUAAAGGCUGCUUACUCAGGGAAUUAUCCUGCAUUUGAAAUAAAAAAAGGAUGCAAUUAAA